GUUCACGACGUUAUAAGUAAUAUAGUCUAAUAUAUAGGACACGCGGUAAAUUUUCAACGUAUUUUGUCCAGGCCCCUCCCACAGACAGGACGUUGCCCUGGUGACUGCCGGGUUACGUGGUGACGCUGGAUGUAUAUGAGCGCGAGCGGCGGGAUCUCGUCCCCCUUUUUACCGCCAUCAGCGCGGAGUCUUUUCUCUGAACCUCUUUAACUGCGCACGACCAACCGAGCAAAAGCCGCUAGGAGAAAAAGGAACUCCCUGGACUGAACCAAGAUGGCAGACAUUGACAAUAAAGACCAGACCGAGCUGGACCCGGCAGACAUGGAGGACGUGGAGGAGGUGGAAGAGGAAGAGACCGGAGAGGACGUCAACAGCAAAGCUCGUCAGCUCACAGUCCAGAUGAUGCAGAACCCACAGAUCCUGGCAGCACUGCAGGAGCGGCUGGAUGGCCUGGUGGGGUCGCCGUCAGGCUACAUGGAGAGUUUACCCAAGGUAGUCAAGAGACGUGUCAACGCUCUCAAGAACCUCCAAGUGAAGUGUGCCCACAUCGAAGCCAAGUUUUAUGAAGAAGUCCACGAGCUGGAGAGAAAGUACGCUGCUCUUUAUCAGCCCCUCUUCGAUAAGCGGAGUGAAAUCAUCAAAGCUGUGUACGAGCCUACCGACGAGGAGUGUGAGUGGAAGGCGGAUGAGGAGGAAGAGCUGACAGUAAGUAAGCAGGAGGAGAUGAAAGAGAAGGCCAAGUUGGAGGAGGAGAAGAAGGACGAGGAGAAGGAAGACCCCAAAGGAAUCCCCGAGUUCUGGCUGACCGUGUUCAAGAACGUCGACCUCCUCAGCGACAUGUUACAGGAACACGAUGAACCUAUUCUCAAGCACUUACAAGACAUCAAAGUUAAAUUUUCAGAUCCAGGCCAGCCAAUGAGUUUCACAUUAGAAUUGUACUUCGAACCCAACGACUUCUUCACAAAUCAAGUGCUGACAAAAACCUACAAGAUGAGGUCAGAGCCGGACGAGAGUGACCCCUUCUCCUUCGACGGGCCAGAGAUCAUGGGCUGCACAGGGUGUCAGAUUGACUGGACGAAGGGAAAGAACGUCACGUUGAAAACCAUCAAGAAGAAGCAGAAACACAAGGGGCGGGGUACGGUCAGGACCGUCACCAAAACGGUCCCCAACGACUCCUUCUUCAACUUCUUCAGCCCGCCUGAAGUCCCUGAAAGUGGAGAGUUGGACGAGGACUCUGAGGCUGUCCUUGCCGCUGACUUCGAGAUCGGCCACUUCCUCCGUGAGCGCAUCGUGCCCAGGGCAGUAUUGUACUUCACAGGCGAGGCCAUCGAAGACGACGACGAUGACUACGAUGAAGAGGGGGAGGAGGCUGAUGACGAGGAGGGCGAAGAGGAAGCCGAUGAGGAGAACGACCCAGACUAUGAACCUAAGGUGUAAAUGGUGUCAAUAGAAAUAACCCUAUCCUGAAGGACGCAAAUCCACCAGCGGAGUGCAAACAGCAGUGAAACCCGCGUCUGGCCUUGAGGAACGUGCACUGUAUCGGCUUCUGAAACAAAACAUAGUUACUUACAGCCUUAUAAUGUUUUGUAAUUUUUUUCUUGGUAGGAAUGAGGAAAAAAAAAAUUUCAACAAUUUUUUUUUUUUGUUUGUUUUUGUUACAAACCUCAUGAUAUAUACUGGGGGCCAGCUCCACACCCUGGCUUGUCCCGCAUAGUAUUUUACUAGACUUUAUCUACCCCUCUUCUGUACAAAUAGUUAGAAUGCAGUAAGUCCGUCUGGGGGGGAAAAAAAGCAUGACCUUGUUUCUUCACGGCUAAAUAGUCUGGGUUCUUGUGAAGUCUUUUGUUGUAUUGCUCUUAGACAACAGCUGUGGGAAGACUGAUUUAGGGCAACGGGGGUGGGGAAAAAAAGAGACCGUACGUGUUCUAAUUGACAUUCUCUCCGGUAAUUACCAAUCUGUCUCCGGUUCUGGUAGUCCAAGGAUCUCAUUGGGUCUGCUUGAAAUAGCUGUGCCUUUGUCACUUCGUGAAAGAAAAGCAGUGUUGCAGAGAUGUGCUCCACAGCGCCUCCCACUGGCCUGAAACGGUCCGCCUUUAACACCCUAGGCAGAAACCCCAUCCGUUGGCCUAACCACCUGCUACACGUGCACUUCCUGCUUGUCCUUAUGGUAAUUAUUAAAAUGAGUUUGGCUAAAAUCAGCUGUCUCCAACCAGCGCGUUAGCUAUACUGUACCAUUGGAGUAUUUUCUGAAGUGCGUUACGCUCUUUUGUGAAUCGGCCUAUACAUUCCAGUAUUCCAGUUGGGUGGGACGUUUUGAGCAGGGGUGUGCAUCUCCUGUCACUUGAUGUUCAAAUGUUCCGUGUUCUCCCCUAGACUGAAUAUUUGGGUAAUCAAAUGCCGCUACCCCCUCCCCACUCUUCUUUCUGCGUUAAAUGACUUGCAUCAGAGAUUGGCAUUCAUUUGCAUUUUGAAAGGAAAGUUCAUAUCAGUGAGUUAUACUUCAUGCACGGUUCUUAGGCUGUCCUACAGAAAUAUAAGAAAGGAAUAUUGACUUUUGUAACUUUUUUUUGUAUUUGAAUAUUGAUUUUUGAUACCAAUCUCAUGGUUGAAGGUUCCAAUAAUCAGAGUUCAGAGGUUUUUUUUAUUUUAUUUUUUUUUAAUUUAUGGAAGCCUGUUAAUCUCUUGUUGAAUUUAGGUAAAGUAACAUGCAAAGCUGCUAAAAUGUAAACUUCGCUCACUUCUCAGCAGGACUUUAGGCUUUAAUUUAGGGUGCGUGAAUAUUUUUUUUUCAAGCACUUGGCUUAUGUUGAGAUGAAUCCCUUUCAUUCCAGAUCUUUUUGUCAUGAGUAGUUAAGGAGGAUGGUUAGGGGGGGCACAAGUACUUUUAAUUUGUAAGGCUCUUUAGAAUACCGUUUCACUGGAAAUGUCCAUUCUGUAGCUCUUUGUACAACUGGUGGGGAUGGAGUUGUUCUCUUGUGUGAACGGUUCAAUAUGGGUUGCAGCACUUUCCGGGAUUAAAUCACAGGAUGGAGGUUUACAGUUGAAGGGAACAGAACUGUGUUUGAUGUACUGCACUCGUUGUCUUUGCUAAGCACCUCCAGACUGGUCCUGGUCGCUCUGUCAAGUCCUUAAAACCAAGUUAUUUCCCUUUGCUCCUGCAACUUACCUGAAUAAAAUGUUUUGCUUUGGGAAAGACUGUCUGAUUUUAUGGAGGGGGUAGUGCUGAACAGAUAACCAAAAACUAGCCAAAUCCAGCUGUGAGUUGGCCCAUGGGCGAGGCCCUUUGAGGCCCUGCUAAAUCGUAUUUAGCGCUUUCAUCUCCCCAUGAAUGCAGCCUUGUAAACGCUGUAGCCACAUCCUGACGGUUCCAAUGAAACUUGCAUAGAAAAGGGGUGUUUUUAGAGACCCAAAACUACAUUUUGUGCCCAGGGUUUGGAGUGGGUGGGGGGUCACGAACGAGUCCCAGCGGAGCAAGCUCGAGCAAUACAGGACCCCCCUCGCUGCCCGUCUGAACCUCCGAGUCCCGAACUCGCGCGAGUGUAAAGCCAUAGUCACGCGCCCGCAGCCGUAGUGGUGAAUCUCGAUAAUGCCUACAGAACGCGUUCA